UACCAAGACAUGACCGUGUCAUUUUGGCGGACCACCUCAAAAGUUCCCACCCUUUUCUAAGUUCGUCUCGCUCACCGAUUCGAGACUGUCGAUGAUAAUGGCGUCUGCAGCUAUGGCGGCGUCCUUAUUGAGGUUAGGGCUCCGGAGUGGCAGACAUAAAUGUGUCAGACUAAACAACAAUAAUACAAUCACACUUCAAGGUAAAUUUAAACUUGUCAAGGUGGGAAUCUUAUGUCCCACUAAAAGUGCAAGGUUUGUUGCCAAUGGAGUAGCCUGUAUUCACACCACUAGCUUCAAAGAAGCGUCCAAAAAAGAUGAAGCUUGGAGGCGAGAAUUUCUUCUCAAAAAGCUUGACAAAAAAAAGAAAGAGAAAGUGGAAGUUUGGAGAAACAUGUCUGUAGAAGAGCUAGCGAAACAAGUUGGAAGACCUACAAAGGAUUUACUUCAGAUUCUUCACCUCCAUAUACCUGAGGGUCACUUCUACAAGAGUAAAAAAGAUCUAAUCAAUAACUUUGACAUUUUGCGGGAUACUGUGAGGUUCAUGGGAAAAGCACCCCUGCUUGUUCCCUCUAAAACUCAAGAAUCAACAUCACAUGAUCUUGAUGUAUAUCCAAGACCGCCAGCAGAUCCAAAGGACUUAGUAAAAAGGUCACCAAUUGUAACCAUCAUGGGACAUGUAGAUCAUGGUAAAACAACUCUUUUAGAUUACCUACGCAAAGCCAAUGUUGUAGCUGGCGAAUUUGGAGGAAUAACACAACAUAUUGGCGCAUUUUCAGUGAAAUUAGGUGAAAAUGACAAAGUGACAUUUAUUGACACUCCUGGCCAUGCUGCUUUUACCUCAAUGCGUGCUCGUGGUGCUAACGCGACUGAUAUUGUAGUGCUUGUUGUUGCUGCUGAUGAUGGAGUUAUGGAACAAACUGUAGAAUCAAUACGAAUGGCUAGAGAGGCAGAAGCACCGAUUAUUGUAGCUAUCAACAAGAUUGAUAAACCAAGUGCUAACAUUAAACGUACUGAAGAGAUGCUUGCCGAGCACCAAAUAUACACAGAAAAUAUGGGAGGUGAUAUUCAGGCUAUUCCUAUAUCUGCUCUAAAUGGAACUAACAUAGAAACUCUAGUUGAAGCAAUCAUACUUCAAUCUGAAAUUAUGGGAUUACAAAGUGAUCCAGGCGGUUUAGCUGAAGGUGUUAUUGUUGAAUCAAGUCAGGAUCCAAAUAAAGGUAAACUGGCAACAGCAAUUGUUCAGCGGGGAACUCUGAGGAAAGGUGCCAUUCUAGUGGCUGGCACUGCUUAUGCCAAAGUACGGCUAAUGUUUGAUGAAUUAGGGAAACAAAUUUCUAAGGCCCCACCAUCCACUCCAGUUGAAAUGAUGGGCUGGAAAGAACUACCAGCGGCAGGAGAAAUUUUAUUAGAAGUUGAGUCUGAGAAAAAAGCUCAACAAGUGGUUAGCUAUCGUAAAUCUAAAGAAAUUGAAAACAAGGGCAUUGCUGACCAAAGUGUUAUUUCAGAAAAACAAGCAGAGCACAAGAAGGCACAUAAUGAAAGAAGAAGAAGAGCGGCUGAACAAGGCCUUCACUUUUUGAAGGAGAAAAGAGAAAAGUUAUGGGUAGAAGACACCACCCCUCGGGUAAAAGUUAUCAUUAAAGGUGACGUUGAUGGAUCUGUAGAGGCUAUUCUGGAUGUCCUAGAAACAUAUGACAAUUCGGAUGUGCCCCUUGAUGUUGUUCACUUUGGAGUCGGAGAAUUAUCUCCUAGUGAUAUAGAAGCAGCAUUAUUAUUCAAGGCUAUUAUUUACUGCUUCAAUGUCAAAAUUUCACCAGAGUUGAAAAAUGAAGCAAGAAAGAAAGGUGUAUCAGUGAGGCAAAUGAAUGUAAUUUACCAUUUAGUUGAUGACAUUAAAAAAGAAUUAGCUGUGAAAAUGCCGGUUGAAGAAGAGGAACAAAUUACGGGAGAAGCAGAUGUUAUUCAACAAUUUGAUGUAACUGAAAAGAGGAAAAAAUUUGUUGUUGCUGGACUCAGAGUCACAAAGGGCGAACUUAGCAAAUCAGAUAGAGUUAAACUAGUCAGAGGGGAAACAAUUUUGUACGAUGGAACCAUAGCAUCUUUACGUCAUCUGAAAAACGAAGUAAACUCAAUGAAAAGUGGAACUGAGUGUGGUUUGAUGUUAAAUGACGCAUCUAUUCCAGUUCAGUUAGGAGAUAUUAUUGUUUGCUACAAACCAUUACAAGUACAAAAGAAAGUUGAUUGGGACCCAGGAUUUUAAACCAGAAGUAUUUUUUGUAGACCAAAUAUUAAGACAAAUUUUUUUUAAGUAGACUUUGCUGAGUUGGAAGUGAAACACUAUAUGUCUGAAUAAAAUUAUACAAAGUCAUUUUCUAAAACUAAUCUUUAAAUACAAAUUUACAGUACAGAUCUUUCAA